AUGUCCCUAAACAUCAUAGCAGUCGUCGCUGGCAUCGCUGGCCUCGUUGUUGCUGCCUCCUCUCUCCAACAAGCUGGCAAGCGCGUUGUCGUUCUCGAAAAGUCCUCUCUGUCAACAGUGGUUGGCGCCGCCCUCCAUGUCAACCCCAAUAGUGGCCGCGUGCUCGCGCAUCUCGGCUUCGACGCCGUUGCCACGCCGGGCCACCCAGAGCCGGGAAUGCUCGUAGUGCACCGUGCCGACUUGCACCAGGCACUCCUGAGGCUUGCCAUCAAGAAUGAGGCCGAGGAGGAUACGUCGUGGGGCCCGCUAAACAACGGUCGUAGACGCCACCGCAGAGCUCAAGCUGGCCCUGAUGACCUAGUUCGGCCACUUCGACUCAAGAGGUCAGAAGAUCAUCAUUCUGUCCAGCGACAUCCAGCGCUGGCCCCUUUUCAUCUACGAUCCGCUUCCCACAUGGGCCUGUAA